UAUUGAGUUGACUUACCAUGAGCCGCUUGUUGUCGCUCUUCCGAUGUAUAUAUGUAACUCCGUCGAAAGAAUAUCGCCUGGCGCUGUUGAUAACGACGCUGUUCUUCUCGUGGAAACAUGCUGAAUUAAUCGAAUUUCAUUAUUGUAUUCACACGCAAAAAGCACUUGAACACCAUCGCACGUGGCCGCCGAUUCGUCGCACGAGAAUAUCACGUGAUAGUCUCGCUCAGCCUGCGCAGAGCUUGUUGUCGCGUCAAGUCGUUUAUCUCGUCGGUCGCACAGUCAGAAUGAGUAUCGCUUCUCUUGCACGAAUUGGCAGCUCUGUACCGGCUUUCAGCAGAAACCUGAAUUGCUGGACGGCAGCAAUCACAAAGAAGCACAGAAGAAUAUACGAACGAACGUAUCCUACAACGCUUGUUUUCUCAGAUGGAAGCAGUAUAGAGAUAGACUAUCACGAACCACGAAAAAUAAUAAUUCUUCCAUUGAAUCUUGCUGAACUAACGGAGGAGCAACAAAAAGCUAGGUUCAUGAUGCGUAAACCAAAAACUAAAAUAGUGAUAGAUGAAGAGAUUGAGGACAGCUUCGAUGAGAAUAGAUAUCUCAAUUUUAAAAAGUGAAAUACUUUAGCGUUUCUGAAAUUGUAAGGAAAUUGUAAUUAUACACGUUAUUUAUGUAAAAGUACGAAAUAGUAUCUCUUUGUUGUAUCUACAAAGAAAA